AUGUCAACAGAGUGGAAGGGAGAUGACUCAGAGUCACAUGAAUGGAACAGCAAGAGCAAUCAAUGCCAUUCCAAUGGCAGAAUUUCACACAAGUCUAAGCCAGAUGUCUCUGUCAACAAAGUGCAUGGUGUAUGGAAAGUGGCGUUAGCAAGGUCACAGCCAUUUGAAAAGCCAUCUCAACACACAGUGUUGGAUCUCUCAGACUAUAUAGAGAUGAGUGUGGAUGAACCAGAAGGCUCAGUUGAUCCACCUACAAAUCCCAUAAUGCUCCAGAGCCUAUUGGCAGAGAAAGACCACAGAGGACCGCAAACCACAAAAACAGACCGCAGAGGCCAUCCAUUGGACCGCAAAAAGAGCCCAGUACCUAGAGAGGAGCGGGAGAAGUGGCACAGGAGAUCACCUCGGGGCAGAAGCCCAACUACCAUUCAGCCUCCCAGGCCUGUUCUCAGGAAGGCCCUCAGUCUAGGAGGCUCUCAGAACGGGGACGACCGCCACCACCAGCGCAGCCACAGUCUAGAUUCCAGGAGACAAUCCCAAGGUAUCUUCCUGACGCCUGACGCCUGGAUCGACUCUCUCAGCCAUGAGAACUGUUCCUCUCCUUUCUCCUUCCGACCAGACACGGUGUUCUGGGAACCGGAAUUCACCUCAGCUCCUGAGACCAACCACACAGAGGCCCCCACUGCCUGCCCACCUCCCCCUCCUCCCCCCCAGGACCUCCAGCCUCCCAGCAUGGCCCCACAGCAGCUUUAUGAAGCAUACAAGGGUAAUGUGCACAUCUCAAAUGUAAGAAAACUGGUGCUGGAGAGACAGCAGCCGCCCCCCCAACCCCUCCUCCAGUGCCUUCGGGCCCCAUCCACCCCCCACAACCCUUGCAAAGAGGCCUCCAUCUUCCCAGACGCCUCCAGGUGGCCCAUCACCUACCAGGAGGCCCUGAGGUCUGUGCAGCGCAUGGAGGCCAGGAAGAAUGCCUCUCUCCCCAGGGACCACAGGGAGCACCCCAGACCAUCAGACUGUAGAGGCAGAGCUACAGCUCCCUCCCUGCUCAGAGGUUACAGCUGGCCCGCACCCCUUCACACCUCUCAGCCGUCCCAGGAGGAGGAGAAGCAGGAGGAGGUGGUAGAAGAGGAGGAGGAAGGAGAGGAGAGGUAUGGGGCACAUGAAAUGGAGGUGGAGAUUGGGAGGUAUCAUCUGGGAGUUCCAGACUCAGGGGGGAGCUACAGUAGCUAUGCCAGCCAGAGCAGUGGCAGGGGGAGUCUGGAGCCUCCCAAUCCUGUCCAUCUGCCUGUCCCCAACCCUCACCAGCUCUCCUGAGACCAUCGAGGAGAUACAGGGGAACACAGAGGAGACACACCUACAGGACAUGGAGGCAUUGAAAGGGCCUGUUCUCCUCAGUGAGUCUACCGAAGUCUACUCCCAGCAUGCACCAUUCCAGGAAAGGCCUCAAAGAGUCCGUCCAAUUCCAGGGUCAUCACCAUGAGACCAGCCGCUACUCAGAGCCCGAGCCAGAGACUGUGCUGUUCUGACAAUCCCAUCUAUACCUAAGUUUGUACGAGUCUGUCGGUCUUCUCCCGUUGCUUUCUACUAAUAUCCCAGUGAAUUUCACACGUUUAUUUAUACAGACUUCCACCAACAAUGUGAAAAUAGAGUGCCAUCGUCAGUAAUUCAGCAUGGCUGUACAGCCAUCAACCGCUCAACCAUCUGACUGACUGGUCUCUGGUGGACGCUCAGGGCUGAAUAAAGAAGUGGCUGUUGUUGUUCAGAGCUGUACCUACCGAAGAGGACUUUUACCACUGAUUUACAAGAGCUGUUACAGUGAUUGAUCUCUGCUUCUUCUAUGGAAUACUACAUUUAUUUAUUUUCUACCUUUAUUUAACCAGGCAAGUCAGUUAAGAACAAAUUCUUAUUUUCAAUGAUGGCCUAUGAACAGUGGGUUAACUGCCUGGUCAGGGGCAGAAUGACAGAUUUGUACCUUGUCAGCUCGGGGGUUUGAACUUGCAACCAUUCCGGUUUCUAGUCCAACGCUCUAACCACUAGGCUACGCUGGUACCAAGUCAGUGAACAAUCAGGUACAAUAUUGGGUCUGUCUUGCUCAUCAUCAUGGUGCUGACUAUAAUCAAUACAAUAAUCAUACUCUUGGACUCACGGAAGAACAGUUGGAGAUUCUUUUUAUUGUUUUGAGAAAAGGCAAACCACCACUGGGCUGGCACUUUGUUCCACUGCUGACACUUUGUUCCAACACUUUCAACGUUUGACAGAACUCUGACGGAUGAUCGAUUUUCUGUGAGAUGGAGAUGGAGAGGGAGAGAGGGAGAGAGAGAGAGAGAGAGAGA